GGGCCGAGCGGGGCCCGCAGCCAUGGGGACCGUCCAGCAGCGCCUGCAGCGCUUCCUCGACCGACCCGGACCGAUCUCCGACCUCUUGGGCCGCCUGGAAGCCCGGACCGGUGUCCGCCGGUUUUACCUGGCUACAGGCUCCUUGGCUUUCGUGGGGCUGUACCUGGUGUUUGGCUACGGUGCCUCAUUGGUCUGCAACCUCAUUGGCUUUGCCUACCCUGCAUAUGUCUCCAUCAAAGCCAUCGAGAGCUCCAGCAAGGAGGAUGACACCACGUGGCUCACAUACUGGGUGGUGUACGGUGUCUUCAGCAUAGCCGAGUUCUUCUCUGACAUUUUCCUCUACUGGUUCCCCUUUUAUUAUGCUGGGAAGUGCCUGUUCCUGGUGUGGUGCAUGGCCCCAGUGUCCUGGAAUGGCUCCCAAGUGCUUUAUCACAGCAUCAUCCGACCCUGCUUCCUCAAACACCACCGUGCUGUGGACUCGGUGCUCAGCGACCUCAGCACCAAAGCACUGGAUGCAGCCUCUGCCAUCACUAGAGAAGCCGGGGCCGCCGUGAAGUUGGCACAGGAAGCGAAGAACAAAUAAAGCACCGGGACAACGCCGGCCUCAACCCGUUCCCUGCUCCCCCGGCCCAUCCGCGUCUCGGUUCCCCCCCCCCUUUUUCCCCCCCCUCCCCAAAGUAAAGCUGUUCCCCAUCCA